AUGCCUGGGUGUGUGAGACUGCUUGGCGGCAAAGAGAAGAUUACGCCGCGGCUGUUCCUAAUUAUCGCCCUGCAGACGGUGGACGAGUUGAUGAAGAGCGAAGAAACGUUGUUCAACCGGGACCAGGUCCAGUUGGUGAGCGACGCAAAUCGCCCCAUCGUUAGACUAGACCUAGCGGGUGCCGCCUCCCACCGCAAUUUUGAAGCAACAACUAGUGAGACCAAUCGGGUUCGCAUGGCUCAAGCGGUCUUGGCGAACCUGGCCGAGGUCGGCCACGUGGCUAGGGGCUGCUCGGCUAGGGGCCACUUGGUAGCGGGCGACCCAAUAGCACCGUUGGAGACGUCGAUGGCGACCAUGAGUGAGUUGCGUGAGGCGCUGCUCCAGACCUACAGAGCGCUCGAACCCUCUGGCGACUACUCGUCAGUCUUCUGGAACGUCCGGAGUCAGCCGGAGGCGACUACAGACCUAGGAGAUGGCCGAUACACACCCGACACCAAGCUCACAUUAAUGAUGGGGGGUGCUUUAGGUGUCCUUGGUACAACCGCUGUGUGUGCCCCUUUGGGGGCGUUUGCGGUCGGCGUCGCCUUCGUUACGGGGGCGCCGAUGGGCAUGCUUUGCAGCGCCGCGGGCACCGCUGCGGGUCGCGUCGUGGCGGACGUCCUACUUCCACCUGUAGCGGACAAGCCAUCUCGAGCGGGCAAGCCAUCUCGAGCGGGCAAGGAAAAGCUUGAUUGA